UGGCUACCCAGAAGCAGCCAUGACGCAGCCUGUUUUGCAUUCUUCCACAAAUGUAUCUCGCCGGCUGUGGAACAACAUGAACGUGCGCUUCUAAUCGGUGGCUUUUAAAAUUCGCAAAAAAAAAUCAACGCAGUUCGUUCGCCGGUGUCAACCAUCCAAGCAGGCUUGUGGUGGUGUUUAUUCGCGAUGGCACUGUUACAUAAAAAGGUAUCGGAAAUACCGGAAGAUGCAGUCCGGUUGAGCGAGGAAGACGCAAUCCAGUACUUUCUCAAUCUGGUAAAGGACUGGGAAAACAAAUCCGAGGUCUGGCCGAUCAUAUACACGCCCGGUCUGCUCGGUACGGGUACGGUAUUCAGUGGAUUUUACAUCAACAACUACUACCGGCGCGUGCUGAAGCUAGGCAAUUAUGGACGGUUUUCGAGCUACCUGCCGGCGGUUGCGCUGCCAGCCAUCAUGGCCACCGUAUUCCACUCCACGUUCGUGGUGCCCGAUGUGGUGCUGCGGAAGACACCGUGCCCGGUGUGUCUGCAGACGCGUGCUGCGCUGAUUCAAGGUGCUUUCGCUGUUGCGUAUCCGAUGUUGCUGGUUCCGUUGUCAUCGUUCAUGUUUGCAACACGCCACUUCACCUACAGACUGCCAUCGAUUACCGAGAAACCGAAGGAGGUGUUAAAGCUGUAUAGGAAGCUGUCCGGCCCCAUUAUGAUGCCGAUAACGAUGAUGCUUGCAUUUAACGUUGCGCUUGCAAUCUUCCUGACCGGCAAAGAGUUUGAGUCGGUGUAUAAGGUUAAUUUCCGAUUGCUUGAGCUAGAGCGCCAAAUGGAGGACCAGGGUGCGUUUAAUGAUAAGUUAUAAAAAAGCGCGGUUGUAAAAUGUCUAAUAAUACUUUAAUAGCUUAUUUGAAUAAAGCCAAAAAACGAAAAACGCAAUCGAGAAAA